AUGAGCAUAGUGAUCCCAUUGGGGGUUGACACAGCAGAUACUUCUUAUUUGGAAAUGGCUGCAGGCUCAGAACCAGAAUCUGUAGAAGCUAGCCCUGUGGUAGUUGAAAAAUCGAACAGUUAUCCACACCAGUUGUAUACCAGCAGCUCGCAUUCACACAGUUACAUUGGUUUGCCCUAUGCAGACCAUAACUAUGGUGCUCGGCCGCCUCCAACGCCUCCGGCUUCUCCUCCUCCGUCAGUGCUUAUAAGCAAGAAUGAAGUAGGCAUAUUUACCACUCCCAACUUCGAUGAAACCUCCAGUGCUACAACCAUCAGUACGUCAGAGGAUGGAAGCUAUGGAACUGAUAUUACCAGAUGCAUUUGUGGCUUUACACAUGAUGAUGGAUAUAUGAUCUGUUGUGACAAAUGCAGUGUUUGGCAGCACAUUGACUGCAUGGGGAUUGACAGGCAGCAUAUUCCCGACAUAUAUCUGUGUGAACGUUGUCAACCAAGGAGUUUAGAUAAAGAAAGGGCAGUGCUGUUGCAACGAAGGAAAAGGGAAAAUAUGUCAGAUGGGGAUACCAGUGCAACAGAAAGUGGCGAUGAGGUUCCUGUGGAACUGUAUACUGCUUUUCAACAUACACCAACUACGAUUACUUUAACUGCUACAAGAGUUACAAAAGUCAAUGAUAAGAAAAGGAAAAAAAGUGGAGAGAAAGAACAGAACAUAGCAAAAUGUAAAAAAGCAUUUCGAGAAGGAUCCAGGAAAUCUUCACGAGUAAAGGGCUCAGCUCCAGAGAUUGAUCCUACUGACAGUUCGAACUUUGGAUGGGAAACAAAAAUUAAGGCAUGGAUGGAUCGUUAUGAAGAAGCAAAUAAUAACCAAUACAGUGAGGGUGUCCAGAGAGAGGCACAAAAAAUAGCUCUGCGAUUAGGCAAUGGAAAUGACAAAAAAGAAGUCAGCACCAGCAAUCUGAUGUUCAAACCUCCUGUAGAGAGCUACGUGCAAAAAAACAAGAAAAUUUUAAAAGCUGCCAAAGACUUGCCUCCUGAUGCACUUAUUAUUGAAUACAGAGGGAAGUUCAUGCUGAGAGAACAGUUUGAAGCUAAUGGAUAUUUCUUUAAAAGGCCAUACCCAUUUGUUUUGUUUUACUCCAAAUUCCAUGGGCUAGAAAUGUGUGUUGAUGCAAGGACUUUUGGAAAUGAAGCUCGAUUCAUCAGGCGUUCAUGUACGCCAAAUGCAGAGGUGAGGCAUGUAAUUGAAGAUGGAACAAUUCAUCUUUAUAUUUACUCCAUCCAUAACAUUCCAAAGGGAGCAGAGAUUACUAUAGCAUUUGAUUUUGAUUAUGGAAAUUG